ACUGGAUGGAUUAAACAUCUCACUGGACUAAUGGUUUGAGAAGGACAAACUUUAAACACAGUGAAGACCAGGUCUCAGUUUAAAAUGAACCACCUUUGGCAGACAGUCUUCCCCCUAACACUCCUCCUGUAUCUACCAGGAACUGUGAGGUCUCAAGUAAAUCCAAGUGUUUGCCGAUCUCCUCUUGGCAUGUCUGGUAGGCAGAUCUUAGACGAAGACAUUUCAGCUUCAAGUCAGUGGUCUGAUUCAACAGCAGCAAAAUAUGGCAGACUGGACUCUGAGGAAGGUGAUGGUGCUUGGUGUCCAGAAAAUACAGCUGAACCAGAACACAUGAAUGAGUUUCUGCAGAUCGACCUUCGCUCUCUACACUUUCUCACCCUGGUGAACACACAGGGGCGCCAUGCGGGAGGUAUGGGGAACGAAUUCACCCAGACCUACAAAAUCAAAUAUAGCCGUGAUGGCAGCCGCUGGAUCUCUUGGCGCAACCGGCAAGGAACGGAGGUGAUUGAGGGGAACAGAAAUGCAUAUGACACUGUGCUCAAGGACCUGGAUCCACCCAUCAUUGCUCGAUUUGUGCGCUUCAUGCCUGUUAUCGACCACUCCAUGAACGUCUGCAUGCGUGUGGAGCUCUACGGCUGCGAGUGGCUAGAUGGUUUGGUGUCGUACAAUGCCCCACUAGGCCAGGAAAUGAUCAUCAGUGAUCAGCAUGCUCACCUCAAUGACUCUGUGUAUGACGGUGCCAUACUGUACAGUAUGACAGAAGGGUUGGGCCAGCUGACUGAUGGUAUGUGUGGUCUGGACGAUUUUACUGUCAGUCAUGUCUACAACGUGUGGCCUGGAUAUGAUUACGUGGGCUGGACCAAUGAGAGUUUCCCUAAUGGAUACGUAGAGAUCAUGUUUGAGUUCGACCGAACCCGAAAUUUUACCACCAUGAAGGUGCACUGCAACAACAUGUUUUCUCAGAGAGUGAAGAUCUUCCAGAGGGUGGUGUGCUAUUUCCGUUCAGAGUCAGACUGGGAACCCACGCCUGUGUCCUUUACUCCAGUGAUGGACGAUGUGAACCCCAGUGCUCGUUUCGUUACAGUCUCUCUUCAAAACCACAUGGCCAGCGCCAUCAAGUGCCAGUACUACUUCUCUGACCUCUGGAUGAUGUUUAGUGAGAUCACUUUUCAGUCAGAUACGGCGAUGUACAACACCACCACCACCAUCAAUACUGGUCCUCCAGCUAACACUCAACCAGGGGAAAACCCCAUUCACAAAGUAGACGACAGUAAUACCAGAAUUCUGAUCGGUUGUUUGGUGGCUAUUAUCUUUAUUUUGAUUGCCAUAAUUGUCAUCAUACUCUGGAGACAGGUCUGGCAGAAAGUGCUGGAGAAGGUAUCUCGGCGGAUGCUGGAUGAUGAACUAACUGCUAGUCUGUCAAUACAGAGUGAUGCCUGCACCUAUAACAACAACGUGCCAUCCUCAGCACCCCCUGAGCAGGAGUCCAGCUCCACUUACGAGCACAUUUUUCCUCUGGGAGCAGAUUACCAGGAGCCUUCACGGCUUGUACGCAAACUACCCGACCUCUCCCAGCUCACAGAGGACACUGGUCAUACCAAGUCCCCUCAGACCACUUCUCAGGAAGGAGUUCCUCAUUAUGCUGAGGCAGACAUUGUUAACCUGCAAGGAGUAACAGGAGGAAACACGUACGCUGUGCCGGCCGUCACCAUGGACCUGCUGUCUGGAAAGGAUAUUGCUAUAGAGGAGUUUCCCCGAAAACUGCUCAAAUUCAAGGAGAAGCUGGGCGAGGGCCAGUUCGGAGAGGUGCAUCUUUGUGAGGCUGAGGACAUGGAGGAGUUCAUGGAUAAAGAUUUCUCUUUCGAUGUUACUGAUAAUCAGACGGUACUUGUGGCAGUGAAAAUGUUACGAGCAGAUGCUAACAAAAAUGCCAGGAAUGACUUUUUAAAGGAGAUAAAGAUCAUGUCACGGUUAAAAGAUCCCAACAUAAUCCGGCUGCUGGGGGUGUGUAUGAGCUUGGACCCCCUGUGCAUGAUUACGGAGUACAUGGAAAAUGGAGACCUCAAUCAAUUCCUGUCCCGCCAUGAACCAGAGGGUAUGAUUGCCCUGCUUAGUAAUGCACCAACAGUCAGUUACAGAAACCUACAACACAUGGCCACCCAGAUUGCCUCAGGCAUGAAGUACCUUUCUUCGCUGAACUUCGUGCACAGAGAUCUUGCCACCAGAAACUGCCUGGUAGGCAAGAACUAUACCAUUAAGAUUGCUGACUUUGGCAUGAGCCGAAAUCUAUACAGUGGAGAUUACUAUCGCAUCCAGGGCCGAGCCGUACUACCCAUCCGCUGGAUGUCCUGGGAAAGCAUCCUGCUGGGUAAAUUUACCACAGCCAGUGAUGUUUGGGCAUUUGGUGUGACUCUAUGGGAAACACUGACCUUCUGCAAGGAGCAGCCAUAUUCACAGCUCUCAGAUGAGCAGGUCAUUGAAAACACAGGGGAGUUCUUCCGGGACCAGAGGCGACAGAUAUACCUACCACAGCCAUCCAUGUGCCCAGAUCACAUCUACAAGCUCAUGUUGAGUUGCUGGCACAGGAACGCCAAAGAAAGGCCGUCUUUCCAGGAAAUUCAUCAAAUCCUACUGGAAAGCAAGCCUUAACACCUGCUCCCGUAUCCACACCAACACUGCCAAAGACAUUUUAGUGUGCCCACAGGACUCCACAGAAUUACACACCUACACCACACAAACACACCUCCAACACACACACAGUGCUUUUAAACCAUACCGAAUUAUUCUGUCUUGCCAUUUUGCUAAUUAGGAAAGUAAAGCCAACAUUGAUUAUUUGACAACCAAAACUUUGCACAUUUAAUGCACAAACUGGCACAGGGUUUAAGGUUAGAAGACCAAAAAAUGUAGCAGUUCUGGCACUUUUUAGGAAGAAUAAUAACUUUCUUAUAUAUAUUUAAAAUUUUGUUUUUGUUUAAAACAUUACAACUCACAGAAAAUCACAUAUCAUAUGGCCACAAUUCCUGCUUUUGUCUUUUCCAAUACAAGGACAGCUUGAAUGUAAAUAUAAUUUUAGUUCCACUUAUAAAUCUUUGCAAAUAUUUGUGUUAUAUGUUU